AGAGGGACGUCGUAUGAAGCCCCAGACUUUGAUGGCGAUGGUCCAAAAUCUGCUCUAUGAGAGGAGGUUUGGCCCUUAUUUCGUGGAGCCUGUUAUUGCAGGGUUGCAUCCAAACACUAAAGAACCAUACAUCUGUGCUCUUGACCUGAUUGGUUGCCCAUGUGAACCUGCAGAUUUUGUGGUUUCUGGGACCUGCUCAGAGUCUCUCUAUGGUAUGUACAUGAUGUUUUAUUGUUUGAGUGAUGGCAGUAGAAGUUAUAAGUUGAUUGAAUGUAAUUUAAGCUCUAUCAUUAUUUUCUGGGUUAGGGACAAAGUCACCAUUCUCCUGGUCAGCACU